AUGCAUGAAUGUAUAGCUCAAAAUUAUAGCCUGAUUCCCAUACCAUAUGGCGGAGGCGUUGUCAGCGACCUCUUCUCCGAAUGCGAUCGCGCUGCAGGUAUGGCGCUGUACUUUAUCGGACCCUUGGUAGGUCCUGCGGUCGGGCCCGUCAUGGGGGGCUUCAUCACAGAGUCGAUCGGCAUACAAUACAAUUUCUACGUCGUCGCAAUCUGUGGCAUUGCUGCAAUACCCGGCAUUAUUUUCAUGAGAGAAUCUAAUGCCCCAGUUAUUCGGCUUCGCCAUGAAAAAACGUCAUUGGAUCUCGAAAAGGCAGCCACGACACACCCUGCCUUUACUAUGAGCAAAUGGGCUUAUCUGUGGAUAAACCUUAAACGACCUAUCAUGAUUAUGACCCCGAGUUUUAUAUGUUUUAUCUUGAGUUUACGCAUGGCUCUGAUAUACGGCAUCUACUACUUGAUGUUCACUACUCCCCCCGACCUCUUUGUAAACGUGUACCGCUUCAGCAUCGGAAUCGGAGGUCUAGCAUAUAUCGGCUUUGGUGUUGGGUUCAUAUCUGCCACCAUAUUUGGCGCAAAAAUCUGCGACAAGACAUAUCUAUACCUUGCUGCGAAAAACGGAGGAAAGGGUAAACCAGAGAUGCAUGUGCCCGCCAUGAUAUUCGGCUCGUUGGUCGUCCCAGUGGGACUAUUUUGGUAUGGAUCGUCUGCUCAGGCCAAGCUGCAUUUCAUCAUGCCCAUCAUCGGCACUGCUAUCUUUGGAUUCGGCAUAAUGAGAGCCUCUCUUGCUAUUCAGUUGUACCUCGUAGACACGUUCACAUAUGCUGCGAGUGCUGUCGCAGCUGCUUCUGUGAGUCUUUCCAUCCUUCAGAUGUUCGCUGCGCUCGGUUAUGGAGGGGGCAACUUGCUCCUUGCAGACCUUGCCAUCGUUUUGGGUAUACCCUUUCCUAUCUGGAUAUAUUAUGCUGGUGAACGUAUGCGUGCGAGGAGUUCUUUGACUCGUUGA